AGAUCCGCUCCUGAGGAGAUGCCAUACACCUUUACUGCUGUCUGAGCUUCAUCGCCAAAGGUAAUACAUUUUGCCUAUAAUGCUGCAUUUCCACCACAAGUUGCCCGCGGGGGGAGCCGUGGUCCUGCUCGCCUUCCUUCUUAACGGAUGCGCCGUGCAGACUGCGUCUCUCCCCCGCCACUACAGACUCCGAGGCGGGGAGAGCGAGGGCCAGCCGGGUGCCUACCCACCCAGCUCCGACAUGAUCAAGGCCCUGGAGUACAUUGAGAACCUGAAGCAGAGGAACGGGGGUCGACCCGAGCCCGUGGAUUACGAUGAAGUGGACAAGUUCAGGGUCCUGCUUCAGCUCGCCUCGCAGCAGGACGAGGGUCCCGGGGAGCGCCAGCCCUCCCCCGGCAUGCAGAGGCAGGACAUUACCGCUGAGCAGCUGAUGAAAGCUCUGCUCAAGUCUCUCCAGGAUCAGGCCGGGAAAGACGCCAAGCAGAGCCCCGCAUCGGCGCCCAGGAACGACCGCCGCACGCACAGGCACCGCACCAAAGACACUGAAAUCCCCGAGAGCGCACCGGUAGAUUACGGUAACUUCCCCAGAUCCCACAAGAAAUACCCGCUCAUGUUUGAGGACGAGGAGAACACAGACGCUUCCAAGCGGGCCACGGAGGACCUGGACGAGCAGUACACGCCCCAGAGCCUCGCCAAUUUGCGCUCCAUUUUCGAAGAGCUCGGGAGGAUGCCCACAAUGGGCGGCCAGAAGAGAGACGUGUUCGGGGAUGAUGAUGAUGAAGAGGAGGACGGGAUCAGCCUGAGAAACCAGGCCUACGAAGAUGUGGCCGGAGGGGAGGAGUGGGUGCCCGUGGAGGAGAGGGAGGAGACGGAGGAGAUGGUGAACGGAAGCCACGAGGAAAUGGACCGAGCGCUCGGUGACCAGGAGGAGGCAGAACGGGAGGAGAUGCAGCGCAGAGCCAGCCAAAACCAGGAGGAGGCUGACGAUGACACCAAGCUGGUAGAUUACUACCUGUUGAAGGUCCUGGAGAUGAGCGACCAGACGCAGAAGAGGGAUAAGACCGGCGAGCAGAGAAAGAGACUGAUCCGCCCCUCCAUUGUGGACCCCCGGACGGUGAAGGAGCUGCUGGAGCUCUCUCUGAAGCUCCACGUCCCCCCGCAGGACCUUAUCGAUAUGCUGCUCACGGAGGAGCUCAGGAAGCUUCACCGUGACCCCCAAGCCCCAGCUCGCUACACGGCCGGCCAAACCCCGAAGAUCAGGUACUUCAGCCGCAGACUGCCGCUGAAGAGCAAGGCCCCCGCCCCGGAGGACAUGGACAGAGAGGACUUUUUGGACAUCAUCGGGGUGGAGACGAUCAGUAACGAGUAUCCUGUUGUGCAGAGACCCAUGAAGACCUCUCCAUCCUCAGAUAGGAUCCCAGUGGCGUCCAACCCUGCUGUGAGUUCAGGUCCGGUUAAAAUCCCGCCUCCAUCCGGACGCAGGGAGAAUCUGUUUUUAUCCGAGCUCAACAAGAUGCCCCUCAAGCGUCAGGCCGGUGCUGCUGCUGCUGCUGAUGAUGAGGAUGAUGAUGAUGGAGACGUGGAAGAUGAGGUGACCACCUAUCUGGCGGCCAAAAUCCUCACAGAGUACCCCAACACCAUCACCAAGAGGGACACCCAGGCGCAGCUGAAGGGGCAGUUCCCCUACGAGCUGUACGAGCGCGCCAUGAAGGAUUACUUGGGGCAGGCGGACGCUGAGAAAAGGCCAGUGGCCAAGAGGGAGACCGAGGUGGCCACAGAGGAGAGGGUAAAGCCCACGGAGAUGCAGGGGAAAGAGGAGAUCACGGCCAAGACCUCGGCUCCACAGACCGUGAAUGAAGAGGAGGAGGAGGAGGAGAAGCAGCACCGUGAAAAAACAGUGGCCGGGAUGUAGCCAGAUCCUCCCCUACAAGACGCACGAAAUUAUGAAUAUAGUAUUUAUACUGUCUCAAAAAUAAAGUUUGGUGGACGUGAUCUAGUUUACAAAUUUCUAUUAUAUGAACUAUAGCUGGUAUUGAUAUCAUCCUCAACGAAAAUGAACUAUAGCAAUCUUACAAGUCAGAUGUAAUUGUAAAAAUUUAAAAAAAAAAUCUACAUAUAUAUUUAAAAAAAAAUGCCAGUCCCUACUUGCUGCAAGAACAUUUAUGGAAAUAUUAUAGUGAUACCACAGGAGAUUAAAGGAACACUUUGAUUUGGAUGUGAACCUGUUGUCACUCUGAAAUUGCCAGUUAGCCGAAAGAGUAAUCCAAAUUUGAAAUCAAAUUAUUCAAAGUUUUGUGAUGUUGUUCAAAGUUUGUUUACAUGAAUGGUGUUUGUAAACAGCAUUAAAACAGCCCUAUAUUUUCCAACUAUAAUCGACUGAGUAAUGGUUCAAAAAAUCUGCUUAUUUUUCAUCUCUGUCAAACUAUUCAAUUGCAUAUGUGAAUAUUACAUGUAAAUGAUUAAGUAUAAUGCUGACUGGGCCUUUGGGAACACAAACAUACAGUGUGAUGACAGGAGUACAUCGAGAAAAUUAUGGGGAUUUUUUGGUUUGGGGCAGUGUGCUGGGCUGAGAACGAGUGUUGUCGUGACUCGUGAUAUAUUCAGGGUUAGUGGAUUUAAUGUUAUUAUUAUGGAUAAUUAUUUCCAAGUCUAAAUAUCAGACCGUCGCCUGCCUUCCGACCCUUUCAUACUGCGAAGCUCUGUAUUGUUGGCCUACCAGUGGUUGUGCUAUGUAUGCUCAUUUUUAAACCAUUUUGUACAUGUUCAAUAAUGUGUGAUCAAUCACAGAUGAAUAAAGCAUCAGCGGUAUUAUUUUUCUU